UUAAUAAUACUCCGCUGAGAAUGGACUCUGUUGCCGCCCAAACAUACAUCACGAAAUGUCUGGGACAUGUUUCUGAGUGGGAGAAUCGACUGAAGGCAUCAUCCGAGAGCGGAUUUAACUUCAUCCACUUCACUCCUUUGCAGCACCUGGGACAGUCAAAGUCGUCCUAUUCCGUGGCGGACCAAUUGGCGUUGAACCCCGAUCUCUUCUCUGAGGGCGCUAAGGGAGAGAAGGAGGUGACAGAUAUUCUCACCACAAUUGAGAAGGAUUAUGGGCUCUUGUCACUCACCGAUGUUGUAUGGAAUCACACCGCG